AUGAAGGAAUACAACGAGAAGAUCCGAGAGUGCACUACAGGCUACGAAGGAAUGAUUAUGACGACACAAUGGGCUCAAGGAGAAACAAAUGUGGAAAUAGCAUUGGCGACUAGUCAGGAUUCCCGUCAUAUGCGGUCCAUCGCACUUGUCACUAUGAUAUUCCUCCCUGGAACCUUUUUUGCAAGUAUCUUCUCGAUGGGUUUCUUUGAGUGGAAAUCCAACGAUGGCACUAUAUCUGUGUCUCAGUCCUUCUGGAUCUACGUGGUCCUAGCCGCAGGGUUUACAGCCUUCACAGUUGGGGCUUGGUGGUACAUCGGAGUCUAUCGUUACAAGAGACAUAAGAACAUGUCCUCGGCACUUAAAGCAAGUCUCUCUUUAGUUUUAUACAUAACCAAGACUCUUUGUCUGAAAUCACUGCUAUCCCGAAGCCAGGAACUCUCGGUAUUGCACCCUUCGCUCUCCAGCUACGAGUUGGCCAAGUACAGGAUAAAUGCGGUGACCCUCAUGUAUGGCGAAGCAGACAUGAGCGACGCUAUCAUGGAGUCACAAAGGCAAGUAGUUCUCCUCUAA